UGCAGGCAGGAGCAGGAGUUUGCCCGGAGAGCUGCAGGGGGCGCAUCUGGCCGUGGAAAGGGCCGAUUGACUUCCAUGCGCAGAGAGCCAGAGGUGGUAGCAGCAGCAGCAGCAGCAGCCAGAGACUGAGGCUCUUUUGCCAAAGUGGGAGGAAGCCAGGUUACUUUGACUUCAAGGAACAUGGAGCUUGUCCUGAUGGGAUCCCAAACCGUGAUGUCCCUCACCGAACUCCUCUUAGCCUUGGUGGUCUUCUUCCUCGUUUUGGUGAUCAUCAAAUCUUUCCGGCAGAAGAUUCCGCCAGGGCUGAAGAGCCUCCCUGGGCCAAAGGGAUACCCGCUCAUUGGCAGCAUGUUGGACCUGGGGAAAAAUCCUCAUUUGACUUUGAGUCAGAUGCGCCAGAAAUACGGUGAUGUGAUGCAGAUCCGCAUUGGCACAAGACCGAUCCUGGUUCUGAGCGGCUUGGAGACCAUCCGGCAAGCCUUGGUCAAGCAAGGAGAAGACUUUGCAGGCCGCCCCAAUCUCUACAGCUUUCAGUUUGUUGGAGAGGGCCAAAGCCUCGCGUUUGGGUCAUGUCCUGCAGGAGUUUGGCGCUCCCGUCGGAAGGUAGCCCAGAAUGCCUUGAAGGUCAUCUCCAUAGCAGCGAAUGAAAACUUGUCAACUUGUCCGUUGGAGGAGUUUGUAUCCACUGAAGCAGAUUACUUGCUCACGAAAUUCCAGGAGCUGAUGAAGGAGAAGAAUAGCUUUGAGCCUUACCGGUACCUGGUGGUCUCUGUGGCCAAUGUCAUCUGCGGCAUGUGUUUUGGCAAGCGAUAUGAUCACGAAGACCAGGAACUGUUAAGCUUGGUGAACAUCAACAACGAUUUUGGAGAGGCCGCAGCCUCUGGCAAUCCGGCCGACUUCAUCCCUCUCCUCCGGUAUCUUCCCAACCAAACCAUGAAGGUCUUCAGGGAUCUCAACACACGGUUCGGUAACCUUGUGAAACGGAUUGCCAAGGAACAUUACAUAAGCUUCGAUAAGAACAACAUCCGCGACAUCACCGACUCCCUGAUUGACUACUGGCAGAGCAAAAAGGUGGACGUGAAUGCCAAUAUCCAGCAGUUGGGUCAAAACAUUGUCCACAUUGUUGGUGAUAUUUUUGGAGCAGGGUUUGAUACUGUGACCACUGGCCUGUCCUGGUGCCUGGCAUACCUGGUGACUUAUCCAGAAAUCCAGAAGAAAAUUCAAGAAGAACUAGAUCAGAAUAUUGGCUGCGAAAGGAAAGCCAAGCUGUCCGAUCGGACCAUGCUGCCCUACACAGAAGCGUUCAUCUUGGAGAUGUUCCGGCAUUCCUCUUUCGUGCCUUUCACCAUUCCUCAUUGCACAAUGAAGGAUACGGCACUGAACGGCUUCUACAUCCCUAAAGACACUUGUGUAUUUGUCAACCAGUGGCAAGUCAACCACGAUCCGAAACUUUGGAAAGACCCUUCUGUUUUCAACCCAGGGCGCUUUCUGGCUGCAAACGGGUCCAGAAUAAACCGAACCGAGAGCGAGAAGAUCCUGACCUUCGGCUUAGGGAGAAGGAGGUGCCUUGGGGAAAACAUCGGCAGAUGCGAGAUCUUCCUCUUCUUAACCACUUUGGUCCAGAAGCUGGAGUUCAGCAUAUGCCCCGGGAAAGAGGUGGAUUUCACUCCUCAGUACGGACUCAGCAUGAAGUUCAAGAGGUGUGAGCACUUCCAGAUCAAGACCCGUUUCUAAAAGUAGACAUUGGCAGACAUCGGGCUGGGAACGGGGAGGCCAUCAUUUACCUUGGAGUGAACGGGUUGCCUGGGGCAAGCUGAGGCAUUCAGUGCAAAGACUAACACGACAUCACAUCAUUUGCAGUUGCAAUACAAAGUGGAACUCUGAUGUGGUGAACCAUUGCAGAUGCACAUAAAGUUACUUUGAAUAAUUGGAAGCAGAGGUUGGGAAGCCUCUUGUUGCUUAUACGGACAAGACUUUGAGCUCAAGUUUGUCUAGUAGAUAUGGAUUGAGGAUUUCAACUUUGGCAUAUGGGUUUCGCCUUAAGAUGGUUGAUUAGCAAGCACCUAGGUGCCCAAAACAUUUGUUGAAGCUUCAACAGUGCCUUAUGGAUAGGGAUGAGGUGUCCUAGCAGCCAACAUUAUUCAGCAAUAGAUCAUGAGAUUGGUGGUGGACCGAAGCUUGCCCAUGCCUGAAUUAGCCCCUUCGAAGAGACACGGACACAGAUACAUUAUAAUAACACAAUGUAUGAGGAUACAACAUCUCUCAUGAAAACCUUCCAUCAUACACACACACACACAUCUAUAUAAAUAAAAAGGUAAUGUUUGUUUGUGGGAUUAACAUAACUCUAAAACCACUGGACGAAUUGACACCGAAUUUGGACACAAUGCACCUCUCAGGCCAACGAGUGACCAUCACUCAUAAAACACCGAAAAACACAGCAAAAGAGACUAAAAAAGCCAAAAAACAAAAAAAUCACAUUACAACGCAUGCGCAAAACCAUACACACACAUACAUACAUACAUACAUACACACAGACACAUGCACACAUAUACACACAUAUAUAUAUACACAAAAAACACAUAUACACAGGCUGGGCCACAGCAACGCGUGGCAGGGGAUGACUAGUGUGUGUGUGUGUGUGUGUGUGUG